GUGAGGUGAACCGGUCUGUCUUAAGAAACUACAACAAACAAAAGAUGGAAUGAAAGUGUGUGAAUAUUAGUCAUGAUAAUACAUUAAAAUGGGGAGAACUAUUGAGGAUAUUGAAGUUGUUGAUGUGGAGAAACGAAAAAUACCAAGCAAGCACUAUGUAUACAUUCUGCAUGUCACCUGGUCGGACCAGUCCACCAAUGUUAUCUACAGAAGGUACAGCAGGUUCUUCGACUUCCAGAGCCAGCUUAUGGACAUGUUUCCUGAGGAGGCUGGGGCUCUGGAUCCAUCCAAGAGGAUCAUACCUUUCCUACCAGGCAAGAAGUUCUUUGGGCGCAGCCAUAUCCGUGAAGUAGCAAUUAAACGCAUGGCACCGAUAGCAGAAUAUUGUAAGGCAAUAGUCAACUUGCCUCGGAGGAUAUCUCAGUGCAAAGAUGUGAUUCAAUUCUUUGAGCUAGAACCAGAUGACAUUAACCCACCCACAGGGAGGAAGGCCUCUGUGAAGGCAAAGAAGAUUUCCCAGCCAAAGCCACUGGAGGUGUAUGUUGCAGUGACCGAUUACAAGAAACAGGAGAAAGGGGAGGUCACUCUUAAAGUUGGAAUGCUUGUUGAAAUUGUAGAAAAAACAGAAACAGGUUGGUGGUUUGUGAAUGUAGAGGAUGAACAAGGCUGGGUACCAAGCACCUGCCUGGAGAGGGAGGAUGGUCUUAAAGAGGAUUCUACUGUCAAAUUCAGUCCUGGAGAAGAGCAACAGUAUUUGUGUACAGAGGAAUUUCGAGGGGAAGGGGACGAUGAGAUUUCCAUGGAGAGAGGAGCAGUUGUAGAUGUAAUAGAGAAAAACCUUGAAGGAUGGUGGCUUGUUAGGUACAAUGGACAGGAAGGUUAUGUACCAGCUACAUUUCUAAUACAGACUGAAUCUGUGAAGGUACUCAAGAAAAACAAACAUGAAAAAGUGAAAAAUGGAAAACUGAAACAUGAAAGAGUGAAAACUGGAAUAGUGAACAGUGAAAGGAAGACCAAUUCUGGUAGUGAAUCAUUAGGUGGAGGACCACAGAUUGUCAAAUCUUUGAUGGAAGUCAGUGAUUUGUUAAAGGAUGACUCGGACACAAAUACUGUUCCACUAUCUCGACCAACUAUAACAACUUCCCAGAUUGAAAGUGAUGAUGAUGUAUUUGAUGAUGAUGAUGAUUAUGAGGUGCCGGAAGAGGAAGAGAACUACUCUGUACAAGAACUCAGCAAGAUCCUACGUGAGGACAAGAAAGGAUGUGCCGAAACAAACAAAGUUUAUGAAAGUAUACAGAGCAUGAAAUCACGAUCGUUGAAGAGAUAUGGUUCCACACGGCCUCCACCUAGACCUUCAGUUAGGCCAAGCCAUGGAGGUUUUACACCAACAACCCCUCGACCUGCAUUAGUACACUCCGAGUCAUUCAGUUCAGAGUAUUUUACCAUAGCUGCAUUUUCUGAUGCUGUUGGUGAUGGUAUCAGCUUCAAUGAAGGACAAAGUGUCAAGGUAUUAGAGAAAAGUGAGAAUGGAUGGUGGUAUAUAGAGAUAGAUGAUAAAGAGGGCUGGGCACCAGCUGCAUACAUAGAACGUGUAGAGCCAGUUAAAAAGGCACGAGUACCCUCACCAUUAGCUGUAAAUAAGACUCCCUCACCAUCUAGAAGUAGAGAAGACCUUACUAAUGAUGAUACAGAAGUUAGUAAAAGAUCGUCAACUGUAGGGGAUUUAGCAAGUGCCAUCAAAGCUAAGCUUAAUAAAGGAAACAAACCUCCACCUACACCUCCAAAGAAAGACUUCCUCAAUGAAAACGACACGAAGGAAGACCGUAGCCCAAGUGGACAUUCUGAGCCUGGUAGAUUGCAAAUUCCUGGUGGUUUUCCGUUACCAGGGCAACUUACAGGAUUAAAAAAGGCAGCUGAUAGAAGCAGCCAGCCCCCACCCCCAGCUCCUCCUGCUAAUAGGAACAUGCAACCUCCACCUCCAGCACCGCCAGUGAAAACAACAAGUGAACCUAAACCAGCACCUUUUGGUGCAGCUCUUAAACCAACACCUCCGAAAAAAGCUGACACAAAACUAGACAAUAAACCAAAACCACCGUCACUGCCUAUGAAACCAUUGAAUGAGAAAUCAAAGCCAUCAGUUCCUUUGAAACAUAAUUCAGAGACUGUUGACUCCGGUCCUAAACCACCUGUUAAACCUGAUGGUCAGGUUAAUGCAGGUAAUAAUGAAAGUAAUGGCAGUGUUGUUGGAAAUACAAAUGCUUUAAAAGCAAAGUUUUCAGCAAUGGAUAAUGAAAAGGCUGUACCAAAACCAGCAGAAUUUAAACCAACAUUACCAGUUAAAAGUAAGAUAGGUGAUGCUGCUCCAAGUGAAAGAUCAAGCAAUGUAGCUGGAUUAACAGGUGCUUUAAAAGCUAAGUUUGAAGGCACUUGCAGUGAGAAAACUGAAUCUGAAGCUCAAAAAUCUAAACCAAAUGUGAAUCCAAAAGUUCAUUUAAAGCCAGUUCAUAAUCAGACUAAGUCAGGUCCUCCUUCACCAUUGAAGAAACCAGGAUUUGGAAGUCCUGGUAUUCCUUUAAAGCCAGGUAAUGCAAGUCAAGCACCACAGAUGCCAGCAAAGCCAUCCUGGGUGAAGAAGCCAGAAAAGCAGUCACCACCAACAACAAAUAGGCCAUCUUGGGCUAAAAGUAAUACUGAAAUAACAAAACCUAGAAAAUCUGACUCAGGUGAAGAUGAUAUUGGUGCUCAUAAAGUGAGUGACUUGGCAAAUGUUCUAAAAGCAAAAUUUGAAAAUAGACAAACAGUAGGUGAUUCAUCCGGAAAUGAAAUGUCACAUAGGGAGAGUAAACCUCUCCCACCAGCAAAAUCAGCAGUCAAACAAUUCCAGAAGCCAGCAAGACCAGCUACACCUCCAUCACCAAAAACUACUUUAAAAGUACAGAAACCUCCCCAAGGGAGACAACUUCCUGUUGCACCAGUCCACAGAUCAAGUUCCCCCAGUGCAACAGACUCGAAAGGUCUUGAUCCACAAAAGUAUUCAUCUCGACCACUCCCACCACAACCAAAAUCCCCUGUAGAGAAAGACACAACCAACAAACACCCAGGGAAAGUAGUACCUUCUUUACCCACUAAACCAAAGUCUGCAAGUCCAAUAGCACAUGUGAAAAGGGCAGAUUCAAGAGAAAGUACUGAUUCUGAAGAUGAAUCUAAACCUGUUGGGGUUUCAAACCUCGCUAAUGUAUUAAAAGCAAGACUUGGUGGUAUAGGUGCUGGAAGAAUUGAAAGCUCAAGUAAUACUCCUUCUAAAUCAAAGGAGAACUCAAAACAAACAGUAUUUGAAAAUCACAAUAGUAAUUCUGACAUUGAAAAUAACAAUGUAACAUGUGAUAUUUCCAGUGGUAAUAACCUUUAUUCUGCAAUAGCAGAUUUUGCAGGACAUAAUGAGGGAGAGAUCAGACUUUCCACAGGUCAGCAAGUUGAACUUUUAGAAACAGCAGAAGGCUGGUCAUAUGUAAGUUGUGGAGGCAGUGAAGGCUGGGCACCAUCCACAUAUUUAGAGAAGGUACAAGCAGGUCAAGGAGGAGAACAAGAUAGUUGGACUGGUUCACAGUCUUUUAGUUCCAAACAGACUGUGUUCAGAACUAAUACAGAAUUUAUAGCUGAAAAUGAAGGAGAGUUAAGUGUGAGUGCUGGACAGGAAGUGAGUGUUCUGGAGAACCCAGAUGGUGGUUGGUGGUACAUAGAGACUGCUGGAAGUGAAGGUUGGAUUCCAGCAUCAUAUAUUGAUGAGGUUACAGUCUAAUGUUAACAGAUGAAAAAUAUUUACAGUCCAGUGUUAUAGCACUCCGAUUUUUCAUUCAGUCAUACUAUCAGACUAUGUCAAAAUUCCUUUUGGCAUUUUUGCUGUAUGUUUUAAAUUUUUAAUGUUUGUUUCAGACAUGCUGUUGGAACAAAAUGUCUCCUCUAGGCAGUAUUUUCAUGUGACCUUUCAAAUCUCUUUGUAUCAAUGUAACAAUUUUUUUUUACAUUCCUUUGAAAAUUAUGUGUGCAUGUGUUAUUUUCUUUGGGAGUUCCUGCACAUAUUAAUAGAGAUGUUCAUGUCUUUACAUUAAGUUAAUUUUCUUCAAAUCAUGUGCAAUAUUAUUUUUUUAUUGGAGACUGUGGAUGAGAAGAAAUAGAUACGCUUCAAAACAUAUAGAAAGACAGUAACCUAUUUUUUAGUAUCAUAAAAUUCCGUGCAAUGCCAUGUAAACAUAUUCUUUAAUUAAGAAAUAAGUGUAUAGUAAAACAGUGUUUUAACAUUAUUAAUACACGAAAAGACCUCAUGAAAUUAUUCCGCGGACGUAUAACCGAUUUUGAGUGUAUUAAUUUGAGUAAAACAAUUUUUCUAUACAUUAUUUUGAUUCUGAUAUGCCCUUUAUCUUAAACAGUAGAAAAAUAUAGUAGCGCCCUUUUUUGCUCGCAACAAAAACAUUGACGACAUCGCACAUUAACUUGAUGUCAUUUAAGCGUAAGCAUCUUUUAACAGAAACAAGCAUAUUAGAAUAGAGCUUAUGCUUUGCAUGUGUGUUUUCAUGUAAACAUUGUAUUGAUAUUGUACUUGAAUGGUUAAAUUCUUACAAAUGCUGUCAGUCCGUUUUUGACCCGUUUUCAUGCAUGCUUAUAAUUUCGUGAUUUUUGGUAUGCAUGUUUGUAUCUAAAAACCAGGUUUUUAUUUAGUUUCAGUGGGAUCAUUUUUAGGCAGGUUAUGGCCCAAGCAUUUUUUUAGCUCACUUUAGCAUACAUUGCUUAAGAAGUCACAAUUUUGUCACAGUCAUACAGAAACUGGGUCAGAAUAUUAAUAAAGUAGAAUAGAUCAUGUUUGAAAGUAGGGUGAAAAACUGUUUCAGGUUAAAGGGAUUUUAUGGCCCUUUAACCUUUUUCACUAUACAUAUAUGUUGUUGUAAUGGUGACCUACAGAUCAAGGAAACUGUUAGAUCUGGUUUGAUGGUUUUAUCGCAACAGAACCAAAUGUUCAGGGUAAGUUAUUAGUUUGGGUUGAUGGUCCAUUGUCCAGCUUCCAGGUUUCGUUUGUUCACACUCUUUUCAUAAUUUUAACAUGUCCAAAACAUUGCGGAUUGAUACUAAUUUCACUUGGGUAUUGAUUACAUUUUACUCGGACUUUAUCAUAGAUUCCCUGUGUAAAAUCUCAAACUUUUAACUAAAAUAAAGGUAAUGUUUGUAGCAUCAUCUGGGGCAUGUGCAGUGAAAAGUCUUGAUUUGAUUUCUAAAAUAGUGUGAUAUUUAUUUCUAAAGUCACUAUAUGUUCAUUGUAAAUAUACUUUGUUAUACACAAGUGGAAACUGGCAGGUACUGGAAAAUGCAGCUCUCUGAUUGGUCAGUUAGAACCCUUAAUGUACUGUGAUGUCAUGAUAAAAUUAUGAAUAGGUCACUUUUUUGUCUAAUCUUGAUGGAACAUGAUCUAAAUGUUUGCCGUUACGAAUUCUCGGACUAGGUCGAAACUUGGUCAUUCUGGGCUGAAAACUAGGUCAAUAGGUUGAAUAAUAGGAAAACCUUGUUUACACACCAUAUUUUUACUUUAUCUUUAUGCAAAUGGGUGUUUGUCUUUAUGAAAUCAUGAUGAAGUUCAAGACUAGGUUAUCUGGGGUCUAAAACUAGGUUACUAACUAGAUCAAACAAUAGGAAGACCUUGUUAUCACUGUAGAUGCCAUGUAACUUUCUGCCUGAUGAUGCAGACAAAUUCUGUACAUAUAUAGUGAGAAAGUCUAGAAUCUUCUCAUUAGAGACUGCUGGUCAAUUUUGUAAUGUUUUUGCAGGAAUGUUCCUUGAAUUACCAUCUUAUCAUGAGUUUUCAUAUUAUUUUGAUUUUGUCAAAAAUGUGGCCACUUUGAUUUUUGGUGUGUCAUUGCUUGUAGACAAUCUAGGUAAGUUCUAAUUUUUUUAGGAGAGUUUUAGCCUGUGCAAUUUACCUCUGAGGUUUAUGUCAUUGGGGGGCAUAUUAAUCAUUUUAUACAUUGUAUUAGUGUUUCUCUUGGUAAUAAAGGGUUACUGUCCACGUAGUUUAGUCUGUUGAGUACAAGAGAGUACAUGGCUUAAUUCACUGUGCUACAAAGUUUUAGGAUUAAUGAAACUUAAAUUUUAGUUCUAAUUUAUAGGUAUAGGGAAAGGAUUUUUAAUUUUUGCACUUUUUAUUGUUAUCUUUUCAAAUGAUUGUGAUUUUAAUCCGAUGAAAUUGAAUGGUUAAUUUGUUAUUAUGUUACUAAUUUUCAAGCUGAGAUAACUACUAACCAUAGCAUAUAUAAAAAUCAAGUAUAUAAUUAUGUAUACUCUUUUGAGUUCAUUUUUAUGGCAUUGCCUACUUGCCCUUUGAAACAUGUUCUUGUGCCAGUUUGAUCCUUAUAAACUAAAAUAUUAGACUGGAUCUUUAAGAGAUUUAGACUACCUGGUAGUAAGUUGUAAAACUAAAGGCCUCCAUGGCCAAGUGGUUAAGGUCGCUGAUUUUGAAUCUCCUGCCCCUCGCCAAUGUGGGAUUGAGCCUCACUUGGGGCGUUGAAUUCUUCAUGUGGGGAAGACAUUUAGCUGGCUUACGGAAGGUCGGUGAUUCUACUCAGGUGCCCACUCGUGAUGAAAUAAUGCACGGAGGGGCACCUGGGGGGUCUUCCUCCACCAUCAAAGUUGGAAAGUCACUUGAAGUUUAGAGGUUGGUUUCCGAGCCUGGUACCCAGCAAUCUGAUGUAAAUACCUUAAGAGAAAAUUUAUUUUGGCGAGAAUUUAGUACAAGGUCUUUGGGCCCAUUCUAGAAAAACUUGAAAAUUCUGUACUAAUUUACUUGCUUGUUUUCUUCAGAAAAAUACAUCACAUUAGUAUUACAGAAAUAAUGUUACGAAUGGAAAUUCUUGGAAAGAACCAUUUAUAUAUUUUUCUGCUGUAUGAUGUAGUGAUUCUGUUUUCACAAACUUUCAUAUUAUAAACGGUUAAAUCUUCUACUAUCUUAGCAGAAUACAGGUACGUUAAGCCUUAGUUUGUAUGAUGAAUCUAAAUAUCUUUGUAGAAUUUAGUUGCCUUUAUCCUUAAUUUUUAUCUUUUAGCACAGGUGUCUUAACCAAUAGUUUUUCGGAAGAAUCUAUGAAAAGUUCAGCUCGAUGUUUGGGGCCUUAUCUCUUAGUUUGUUUCAGUGAGGCUGUAGCAUCAUAGCAAACUAUGCCUCAAGGUUUUUUUGAAAGUGCCUUUUUGCCAUUAGUUUGGCCUUAUUCAGCUAUUUUUACUCUUACAGUAUGUUACAUGUACAAUCAUCUUGUUAAAGAAUUGUUUGUAUUAUAGUAAAGUCUUUAUCUUUAAUUAUGAACAUAUACACUUAGCCUAUUAAUCUUGCUCUUGCUAAUAGAACGAAUGUAAUUAUAUAAUUAUAUAUAUAUAUACAAUUUUUUACUUUUUGAUGAUUUUUGUUAUACAUUUGUUGAUAUGAUUUGUUAACAGUAAAGGCUGUGUAUAAUAAACUUAUUUCUUAAAA